AUGUAUGUAGAAGUAGGAGAGAAGAAAACCAUACCCCAUAGAACGGAGGCGAGCCGACUGUCCGAUAGUCAUUACCAGAGACUAUCUGGAGGUGUCUCGAAAGAGAACGAAAAAAUGUACGACAAAGGACAUCAUAUGAUGACAUGCGAGUCUGAAGCUGAAUGCACAUCUUGGAUCAGGCUUUUUAGAGCGUUCGAUCUCGAUCACGAUGGCUACAUUCCAACAACCGACCUGAAACGAAGCAUCCGCGAAUCCGCAUUCUCGUUCGGCCUGAAUCCGGAAGAAACGGACAACAUGAUGACAAACAUCGACAAAGAUGGCGACAAGCUGAUCGACUUCUCAGAAUUUUGCACUUUGAUGAGUCGAGCGAAACACCGUCGCGUUCUGCAUCUGAUGUUCCGAGCUGCUCAGAUUGUCGUGCCAAAAUCGAAACGAACGGAACCCUUCGACUACUUACAAAAGUACAAAUGCUGCCCGCCACCUAUAUUUAUGUUGAUUAUUAGUAUUAUACAGGUGGCCAUCUAUAUCUAUUAUACCGUUGAAUCUGGAGAAGGAGUAAGCAUGACAGGACCAGUGCCUACGAAGUCGCCUUUGAUUUUCAAUCCAUAUCGCAAGCACGAGGUGUGGAGAUUUGGGACAUACAUGCUCAUUCAUAUCGGACUGUAUCAUCUCAUUUUCAACGUACUGACGCAGCUCAUUCUUGGUAUCCCCCUCGAACUCGUACACCAAUGGCGCGUUAUUCUUGUCUACAUUGCUGGAGUUUGUUCAGGUUCACUAUUGGUGACUGCUGUAGAUCGUCAUGUCUUCUUGGCAGGAGCAUCCGGAGGUGUUUAUGCUCUUCUAGCAGCACACAUCGCCGAGUUGGUUAUGAACUGGUCUGAGAUGGAGUUUAACUGGGCACGUGCUAUAAUACUCACAAUCUUGAUAGGAUCGGAUGCCGGUGUAGCCAUUUUCCAGCGGCAUUUCGUGGAUAGGACGGACAAGGUAUCUUAUGUCUCACAUAUCGGUGGUUUCGUCGCGGGCGUUCUCCUAGGCAUCGUACUUCUCCGGAACUUCCGCCGACAUCGAUGGGAGGGUAAUGUGUGGUGGACGGCCCUUGCCGUCUACACCUUCUUCGUUGCCGUCUGCAUCGUUCUUAUAAUCGCUCCGGACUUCAUAAAGUUUUGAGCAAAUGCUCACUGGCUCUCGAAGAGCGAACUAGAAUACGGGCGGAUGAAGCUGUUCAUGACUUUGUAAGCAUGAGAAGUUCUCUAAUACGUCAAAUGAUGAUAUGCUUAGACCUUCGCGAAAUCUCGAAUUGGGCAGCAUCUGAAGUUGCACGUGCCGGAGUUGUGCUAGCGCUAUGCUAACCUUACCAGCACCACUCCAGCGCCGUACCGAUGCAAGAGCCCGUAUCAAUCAAUCAGGCACUGGCGUGAUACUGGAACGGGGGUGGCGCGGUGCCGCGGUGCCGCGGCGCUGGCACGCGCAACUCUGGACGCAUUGGCUGUAUUUCUACUUACUCUUGUGCUAAACAUAUCUUGCAAGCAUUAUCCAUUGGCUGUUGUUGGUUCAUAUUUUUCACUUGACAC